GUAGAACCUUGAAGAAAGUACGAUAUGAACGCCUUGGACACCGCCGACGGAAUGAAUAUGAUGGCAUUUCAUUCAGUCGCAUCUACAGUCACGUAUUUUCCACAAACACGGGCCUGGAACGGAUUCAUUGGAAAGCGGGGGUGCCUUAGUCUUGUCACGAUCGGGCUCUUCGCAUAUAUCUUGCGCCGGAUGUCCAUGUUUAUGAGUACUGUUGGUGACCAGUGAUACUUACAUGAUUGAAAUGGAGUCGCAGGACAUGAGCAUGUGCUGGCCAAGGAAUUUCCUGAUUAGGGAAACGACGUGGACACAUUGAACGUGCAUGUAGGGACUGGGGAAGGCGUGCAUGUCGUUCCCCAUAAUCUAGCUUCCACUACGACUGGCACGCAAAAGUCCUGGGGUACAAGAUGCUUUCUGAGACAACGGACUCUCCUACGUCUCCGCUGCGGGACGACGAUGACGUGAUCGUCUCACCUCCAGAAGCGGAACCUCAGCCUGGAAUUAAUGGAAACACCGUCAGAUGGUACGAUGCUGACCGCACCGAGCCGUAUACUCGCAUUGCACCGUUCCAGGAGCGACAUGAUACUUCAGUCGAAUUUUUCUACAAGCCCAUCACCCUCACGGCCCUCACCAUCGGACUGGCUGCACUUGCUUAUAUCGCCAUGACCCAGGACGUCCUCGAGGAAGGACGAGACAAACGGCGCAUAGGGGCUUACGCUGCACUUGUGUCUUUUCUCAUGUUCUCUAUGAUUCAGUUCAGGGACGGGCCUUUCGUACGCCCCCACCCUGCAUUUUGGAGGGUUGUCUUGGGCGUAAACCUCCUAUACGAACUUGCCCUCGUCUUUCUCCUCUUCCAGGAUCUAGAUUCUGCCAGGAGUAUGAUGACCCUUCUAGAUCCUUCCUUGGGCGUCCCACUCCCAGAAAAGAGUUACGCUGAAAAUUGUGCAGUGACAGUCGAUAAUAUAUGGGAUGCCAUCGAUAUCUUCUGCCUCGCCCACGCUUUAGGAUGGUUCGGGAAGGCAAUGAUACUACGUGACUAUUGGUUCUGCUGGAUCUUGAGCAUCGCCUUUGAGCUUGCCGAAUACAGUCUCCAACACCAAUUACCAAACUUUGCAGAGUGUUGGUGGGAUCAUUGGGUGCUCGAUGUCCUGGUCUGUAAUUGGCUAGGAACAUAUUUGGGCAUGAAAACAUGUCAAUAUCUAGAAGUCAAGCCGUAUGAGUGGCGUGGCCUUCGCCAGACACGGGGCUUGCGAUCCAAGGCACGACGUGUGCUAAGCCAGUUUUCGCCCCAUGACUGGACAGCUUUCAAAUGGGAAGGCACGGCCUCAUUUUAUCAUUAUACCACCGUCGUGUUGUUGCUUGCAGUUUUUCUCGCUGCGGAACUCAAUCCGUUCUAUCUCAAGUCUCUGUUAUGGUUGGAUCCUGACCACCCUUUCGUUAUACUCCGACUCGCAGGAGUCUUCCUUUGCGCUUUACCGGCUGUGAGGGAAUUGUAUCAGUAUGUCAACGAUCCCAAGAAGGCGAAACGCAUGGGUCAACAUUGUUGGCUGCUGCUGGCCACGAUCCUCACUGAGUUGUUGGUGAUCACCAAGUGGAGCAGGGGUCUGUUUGAAGAGCCCCUCCCGCGAUACGUGCGAUGGGCGUGGACGAUUGGCGGCAUACUUUUAUUGUUGUAUCCAGCUAUCAGGUUUGGUGUUCCGAGUGCGCGGAGAUACCUGCGGAAACAUAACCGGAAUCGGAAGGCAAAGUCGGCGUGAGUGCGAGUUUAAGCACGCCUUGCUGGACAUAUAUGUAACUUGUCGAAUACUCUAUUUCGUUCCCUAACAUACUAUGUGCACCGCUACUUAAGUUCGUGGAAAUUCUG